AUGUCUCAAGUAUCCGCCUCCACACACACCAGUCAUUCUGAAUCGAUUGAAGGGAGCAAUGAAGUUUCACGAGCAGAAGGCAAUCCACCACAAGACCUCGCGUUGGAUGAGCAAGCUGUAGCAGAUGAGCAAGAUCAGUUGACGUUACGCGCCUUGGUGUCUACCAAAGAAGCGGGUGUUAUUAUCGGCAAAGGUGGAAAGAAUGUAGGCGACCUUCGAGAUUCUACAGGUGUUAAAGCAGGUGUAUCCAAGGUGGUACCUGGUGUCCAUGAUCGUGUAUUGACCGUGACAGGCAGCUUGGAUAAUGUAGCCAAGGCAUAUGCAUUCAUCACUCGAACGCUGAUUGAUAACCCACUUGGUCCUGCUACUCCACCCACAACACCUGGUACAGCUGCCAGCCAUGAUGAUAUCAAUUCUGUCACUGCUACUUCUUCUACUACAACAACAUUAAGGCUACUUAUCUCGCAUAAUUUGAUGGGUACGGUGAUUGGUCGUCAAGGUGCCAAAAUCAAGCAUAUCCAGGAUACAUCAGGAGUCCGCAUGACAGCAUCCAAAGUCUUGUUACCCCAGAGUACUGAGCGCGUUGUGGAAAUCAAAGGCACCGUGGAUGCCAUCCAAACAGCGAUCCGUGAGAUUGGCCAAUGUUUGCUUGAAGACAAAGAGCGCGCUUAUGGCACCAUUCUUUACAAUCCCACCAAGGCGACCAAUACUGCAACAUCAUUACAAGAUCAACAGCAAGCAUCACGGCGUGUGAGCACAUCCUCCAUCUUACGUACUGGGAACGGAUCCGAUUUUGCGGCUGCUAUAGCUACCAAUGGAUUUGGCAACCAGCCAUCCUCCUUAUCAUCACUCUCAGCAAGCGGUGGCAGCAAUACGGGUGUCCCUCGUAGGUCAUCCCUUUCAGCACUUAACAAUGCCAACCUUCGUACUCAACACAUUUCUAUCCCAAGCGAUAUGGUCGGCUGUAUCAUCGGCAAGGGUGGUAACAAGAUAGCCGAGAUUCGCCGAUUAUCAGGAUCACGUAUUUCCAUUGCCAAGAUGCCCCAUGAUGAAAGUGGCGAGAGAAUGUUUACUAUUCAAGGCACGGCUGAAUCCAAUGAGCGAGCAUUGUAUCUCUUGUAUGGUCAAUUGGAGAACGAAAAGGAGCGUCGUUUAAGAGGAGUCUUACCGCCAACUACCGAUGGUCAACAAGAUGCCUUGGUGUUGGAAGUUGAAGAUGUGGGACAACCAACACCAGCUGCAUUGUGA